GCUGCAAGAAGAGCAAGAAGAGCAGUGUAGUAAUCAGGUAACCAAGAAAACUCAUGCAGUACUAAUUUUGUUAAUAAUGAACUUUACGAAAAGCCACACGGUCGUCAGUUAUCCUUGUAAUAAGAGCGCAAUAAAAUUGCACUUUGCGAUGCAUAAAUUCCAACGAGCCACGAACGAUGCAGUGUGAAACGUACAGAAGCCGGCCUCGAUGCGACCGAUCAGGAGGAAAGGAAGAGGAGGUACGGGGUGGUCACUAGCCAGCCCCCCGCGCGCUGAUAAGGAAACCGCGUGCGGCGCGGUAUAGAAUCCACGCCGAUAAUAAAUGCCGCACCGCGCCGCACCGCGCGGCGACUUUACUACUCCCAUACUUUUCCCUGGUAUGAUUCGCGCUGCCCCUACCAUCGACGCUUCAAUAUAAGGCAUCAACCCUCCCCUCUCUGGCCGUCACUUCGUUUGCGACCACGAUACAUAUCGGUCGCCCUCUCUCUCUCUCUCCCGCUCGCUCGCAAUUCGUUCCGUCUUACUCCCACCUGGCCCACCCGCUCCCUUCUUCAUCCCUCACCGUGCUUUUCCGUUCGUUCUCGCGGCAUCCUCGUCUCGCCCUCAUCCACUCCGACGGUUCGCCGGUGAAUUCGCAUUGCCUCGGCCAUCCACGGUGCCGCAAUUCCGCUUCGUUCUCCGUCUCUAUCCUUCGCUCUACUUCUUUCUCUUUUCCCCUUUUGUCUUGCCGUCCUUUUUCUCCAUUCCUCUACCUCUCGUUCCGUCACUCUUCCGUCGCUUGCUCCGUUUGCUCUAUGUACAUAAUAUACACGAGCCGCGCUCCCGAUCAUAGAGCAGUGGCGCGGGUUCUCGUAUAGCCAGCAAAAGUCUGGACCUUAAUUUUCGUCUAGUCGCCGAUCGAUAUACACCGAUUAUACGCCGAUCGCUCUCAUUUUAAUCUUCCGCGGAUUUUCACGAGACAACACGUGUGGCUCUUCGUAGGUGAGAACGCCGUGUUCGCAAUCACCUUCGUCGAACGUGUCAAGCCUCUCUUUUACGAAUGGUGCGAAUUCCAGGUACGAGAACGGUCGCAAAGCGAAAAGAGUCGCAACGAACCGGGGACAGGAGUCAAAAUCGCAUCGAUCACGAGAUGAAAAGAAGGAGAAGCGAAGACGAUGGUAAACCAGUCGCAAAGUAUCGGCAUCGGGAAUACGUGUUGAUCGAGUAUGUCGGGGCCGCGGAACCGGCGUCGCAAUCCGCGCGGGAGGCAGUCAAGCAGGAGGAGGCAGAGGCGGUGGCGACGAUAAAGACUGAGGACGUCAUCGAGCACGAAGUCGGCCAGCAGCAGGAGCAACAGCAACAUCAGCAACAGCUGGUGUACGUCGCGAAGGAAGAGGUCGGGGAAGAGAGUGGUGUGGGCGUGCUGGAGGCGGGACAGCUGGAAAUGGAAAAUGGCGCCCUGGUAGAGCCAACCGGUGCUGAAGUAGUCGCUAUUGCAGUCGCUGCCGCUGCCGCCACCACCACUGCCACCGCCACCGACGAUCACGUCAAUGAGGAUCCCAACGCUACUUAUACCCUUCACGAGCUGGGCUACCAUUCCGCACACAUAAUCCAUGAGAGUUUCGAGAGUGGCGACAUAAAAGAGGAACAGCAACAAGUUUCACAGCCGCCCCACCAGUCGCACCACCAACAACUUGACACGCACCACCAUCAUCAACACACGCCACAGCAAUACGUUCAGCUUGGGGCGACAGAGGUCCCGGUUCCCGAGGGAGGGGAUAACCGGCACUCGUCGGAGGUCUCCAUUACGCCGCAGGGACGCUGUGCUAGCAGUCACAUGCUUCACUCUACGAUGCAUCGUUACGGUACAGACACGCUCUCGUCGACUACUACGGAGCACCAUCAUCAUCAUCAUCAGCAACAACAACAUCAUCACUUAUCCGAAGUGCAUCAACAUGUCACCGUCUUGCCGUCCGCUCAUCGUCACCUCGAGGAUUCGCAACAGCACCAUCAUCAAGAACCCGACGAUGACGUGGACCGAAAUGUGAGUAGCAUCACUGCGGCCAUGAGGGGUGCACGGGGUGAUUACCUGAACAGUCUGCUGAAUGAAACCACUCGAAAUGUGUUUUUCGAGAAUCUGCGAAUCGCGUCGAACACCGCGUCCAAUAACGGCGGCAACAAUCAUCACCAUCACACGCCGCAUCACCUGGAGGACGUGCUCUCCGAGGAGUCCUAUCUGCAGCAUCAGAUCCGCACGAGUGGCGGCUCCCCGUCGGUGAGAACUGUCGGUGGUGGCUCUCCAACUUCCAGCCACAGUCCACACGACGAGCAGGGUCUCUCGUCACCGCAUCGCCAGACUCAGGAGGCCGGUUACAGUCCCAACGAUCCAGGUAGACUGCAGUCCUUCACGCAUCUCACGUCCAUGCAACCGCCGCCGUCGGUGCAGACAAAUCACGGGCUGCAGGAGGCCGAUCGUGUGUCCGAUCCGAUAUACAUGGACUCGAUCUACACGCAUCACGCAACUGCCGCCGGCACUCCUCAUCAUCAUCAGGAUCAGCACGAGCAGGGCGCCUCAGCACCGCACUCGCCUAGUGGUCCGCUCUCCAGCUCGUCGUUGUAUCGGACGAUGAGCAGCGUGAGCACGAUGGGUACUGGAACAGGAACCGGAUAUAUUCCUUACAUGACGAGCAGCCCCACAGAAUUGGCGUCGUCGCCUCAGUUGUGGAACAAUCAGGUUACAGCUCUGAGCACGGGACUUCCCAUUUCUGAGGAUUAUGGUAGUAGCAAGUCCUCAGGCGCAGUGUCCCAUCAAUCCUUACCGGCAUUUUCGCAACCUUUUGGCAGUCGGUCUAGCUUCCGUGGUUAUAGUCCACCAUUCUCGUCGUCUCAACAGAACACCACUGGUACUGUUACCGGUGCCGCUGUCGAAAGCGCUUCUUGGACGUAUGCGACACCAACAAGCGAUCCGAUGACGACGCAAUACGCCACGCCGUCAAGACGACAAACCGUCAAUCCGGUAUCAGCACCAACGCAGCUCAGCGCCGCGGCGAGUUUGACUGCCAUGCACAACAUCGAGGCGGAGUACUUUACGGAGGGCCGCGAGUGCGUGAAUUGCGGCGCGAUUUCCACACCCUUAUGGCGUAGGGAUGGCACCGGGCAUUACCUCUGCAACGCAUGCGGUCUCUACCACAAGAUGAACGGAAUGAAUCGUCCUCUAAUUAAACAGCCACGUCGCUUGUCUGCUACGAGGCGCGUUGGCCUCUCGUGCAGUAACUGUGAAACUACGAUGACGUCGCUGUGGCGUCGUAACUCGAUGGGUGAACCCGUAUGCAACGCCUGUGGUCUUUAUUUCAAGCUGCAUGGCGUCAACAGGCCGUCUACUAUGAAGAAGGAUAGCAUUCAAACGCGCAAGCGAAAACCUAAAGGUGGGAUGAAGACCAGUGACACGCCUCUUUCCAACAACGUCCAGCAAUGCACAAACAACAACAACAAUAAUAACAAUAACAGCGUCAAGAUUGAACCAGACGCUUAUGGCGAUUUGAGGAUGGGUCACACCGUGUCGCAGGUGACAUACGCUAGCGCCCUGUACAACAAUCCUCAGUCUUCGAGCAGGUUAGUGUCCUAUCAACCUACGCCCUCGUCGAAUCUGUACUACGAUAUGAUCGCUUCGCAACAACAACAGCAGCAGCAGCAGCAGCAACAGCAGCAGCAUCAACAGCUAAUGGAGAUCCAUUCGCCGAAAAUCGAAUGCCCGUCCCCAUCUUGCUCCACGGGGGUGCGUUCACCGGGAAUGGUCUCCCAGUCUCAGUCGCCUGAUCAUCAUCAGCUCACUUCGCCGCAUAUCGUCACUUUGGGCAGUCCGUCGACUAGCCCAACCGGAUCGAAAAUCAUGCUGGAUAACGGUCACCUGGAAAGGCCUACAGUCGUGUCGAUAUCGUCUUAAGGACGAUAGAAUUUCGUGAUACUAAACGGGGAGAUACACUAGCUAAGAAUUGUUUGUAUGAGAUGUCGGAAUUGCCACUCAGAAUCUCGUUAGGUUACAUACCCAGUAAACAUUGCAUAUCCUAUGUAUAUACAUGAAAUAUCCAUAAUGUGAAAAAAUGUACUGUAUAUACUAUGUACAUACAUAUGAUAUAGAUACAUUUGAUGUAGAUACAUUUGUGGAUAUACAUAAGAUAUCUUAAGAUAUACAUAGAAUCAGUCAUUAGUUCGUUUUGCUUGCCGUUAUGUGACGCAUUAUGCGCUAUCUAUCUCGUAUUUAAAUUUUAAUCAUGAGAACUAUAUAAAAUUUGCAAAAGGCGGGUAAUAAUAUUAAAGAUGUAAUAACUGUUUCUAUCUGUUUAAUAUCUGAAUCCCAACACAGGGAAUUUAGAUAAACUAAUUGUUCAAAAAUUGAGUAGAUAAAUAUCCGAAUGAAUGAAAAUUUGUUUAUUAUUAAAAAACGUACUGUAUAUACUAUGUACAUACAUAGAAUGUACCUCAUGUACAUGCUACGAAUGUGUAUUGCACAUUCUCGGAAUAUAUCCUAUGUACAUACUGCGAACGUGCACUGCACAUCUUCGGAAUAUACCCCAUGUAUACCAAUGAAUUAUGAAUGUACACUGCAUAUCUUUGGAAUAUACUUAUGUAUGUACUAUGGACAUCCUAUGUACAUACAUGUAAUAAUUAUUUCACAUACAUAGGAUAUGCGCUUUAUAUACUUUUCACAUUCUCUGUAUAUACAUAGAAUAUACAAUAUAUAUAUAUAUAUAUAUAUACAUAGGACGUACAUAGAACGUUCUAAUGUUUAUUGGGUAUUGCACUUUAUACAUUAUAUGUUACUUUUGUAUGUAUAUUGGAUUUUGCAGCCUGUAAUCCAAUAUGAGAGAAAAUUUUCGAAUAUGCAUUAAUGUUGCAUAUUUCAUUUUUUUCCCCAAUAUAUGGAAACAACAAAAGAAAUAUCCCGCUGGGUUUUCUUUCCUUCCGCGUAUUUGUGAUACAUGAAGUUGAAAGUUAUGUAUCGUUACGUACUCAAUUCGAAUAGAUUAGAGUAUGUAUAUUACGUGUGUAUGUUUUGGAAAAAUUACAAUCAAUUUUUUUUCUUUUUGUAGAAGUGAUCUUUUUUUCUUUUAUGCGCUUUUUUUUACAAGCGCAAAAUACUAAAUUUUAGAGAAUCCAUUAAGUACGAUCAAUUACUAUAUGAGCCACUCAGAAGCCAAACUGAUUAACUCCACUUUUUUGUAAUUUUUCAAAUUUUAGUAUCAAAGCACAUAAUCGGUGCCCUAACUUUUCAUAAAUAAAAUAAAUUGAUAGAGUCUUUGGUGUUUGAGCGAUUCAUAUAUAAUAUGUACGUGUGUUAUUAGUAAUAUGUAUAUAUAUAUUCAUAUCAAUAUAAAUAUAUAAUUGCAAAUUGGAAUAUGCAAUUAUAAUUAUAAUAAUGCUAGGAUAAGUCUUGUAAAUACCUUUUAGGGUGAAUUUAAAAUGGGUUCAAGAUUUUUCCAUAGAAAGAAAUUUCUAUCGAAUUGCAGCGAUGUCAUCGCAUGCGAGAAAUUUCGUGAAGAAAUGCAUUCCGUGAACAUCUGUAACAAAAAAGAAAAAAAGUGAUAAUCGUAAUUCCUGUAGAGAAUAUUGUAUAUUAUGAACAUAUUGUGUUGAUAUAUCGGAUAAUUACAUAUAUUUUAUAUUUUAUGAUGUCCAUUGAUAAUUUUUAAUUGUAUGUUAUGUAAUAUGAAUUGCGAUUAUCUCGCGAAAAAAAAUUACAGAAUGUGCGAAUUAA